AUGACCAUAAUUGAGAUCAUGCAAGAAAUCAACGAGUGCAGCUCCAGCCCCUGUAUCGGUGGAACGUGUGUGGAUAGGAUCAACGGGUACACCUGUACCUGUCGUGAGGGGUUUGCUGGGGAGAGGUGUGAAACAAACGUCAACGAUUGUGAACCUCCACCCUGUCUCAACAAUGGGACCUGUAGUGACAGGAUCAACUCCUACAGCUGUGACUGUGUGGAUGGGUGGGAGGGAAUCAACUGUGAAGAGGACAUAAAUGAGUGCACGUCUGAUCCUUGUCACCGGCAUGCUGACUGUGGAAACACAAACGGCUCCUUCAUCUGCACCUGUAAACAAGGUUUCCAUGGAGACGGAUUUGAAUGCACCGAAACUGAUGAGUGUGCUUCCGAUCCCUGCCAAAAUGGAGGAACCUGCAUAGAUGGGCUUAAUGAGUAUUCGUGUGUCUGUCCAAGUGAAUGGCAGGGCGUUAACUGUGAAAGAGAUGUUGACGAGUGUCUCAUAGAAAAAUGCCAUCAGAACUCAGCCUGUAACAACUCACCGGGAAGCUACAGCUGCACAUGCAGGGACGGUUUCUAUGGAAAUGGUCUCAGACAGGAUAAACUCGUGUGUAGAGAAACCAUCCUUUUCCCUUACGGUGAAGAACAAGGGGACGUGUUUCUGCCUGACACAGACGACCGCAAAGACAUUUCUCUACCGUCUCUGAUUGACAUCAGCAUAGGGUUCCCUUUCUUUGGACAGUUCUACUACAGCCUUUAUUUCUCCGAUAACGGGUUGAUAAUAUUCCCGCCGACGGCGCAGUCCCGUGCGCGGAGGGAACCCUACCCGAACCCCAGUCUGUUCAGGAGGAACCAGACCGUACAGGCAGGAUUCCCUCCUAUGGUAGCAGCGUCAUGGGGAGAUGUGGAUCUCACAACGGACGUGGGGAAAGUCUGGUAUCAGGUGUAUUCUGAUGACAACUCAGUAGAUAAUGCCACACAGACAGUGUUUGACAUGGUUACUACGAGGAUGUACCAGUCCUUCAGCGACACGUUUGUGCCCACCUGGGUACUGGUGGUGACCUGGGACAGUGUACCCUCUGUCGAGGCAAUGUACACAAAACAAAACCCAAACACAUUUCAAGCCGUCCUGGCCACCGAUGGAUCAGAUUCCGUCGCUUUCCUGACCUAUAAGGAAGACGAGAUGCUGUGGACCAAUGAAACCCAGGACGUCCUUCUCGGGUACAACAGCGCUAACGGCGUCAACUUGGAAAACAUCCGGCUGGCAGAUCCGUACAGACCCGACCAAGUCAACGGGAACACGGGGCUGAAAGGACGAUGGGCGUUUAAGUUGGAAAGCGAUGCCACACGGAAAACGAACUACAAGAAGCUGUGUCGUGACUGGUACAAGACAGAGCCAGACCCUUCAGAGUGGAUUGUAGGAGAAGGCCUGUGUCCCUGCACGCUACUUCAAGCACUAAAGGACCUACGCUACGCACCUGUUACACUGUCACCCUUUAACAUCUACCUAAUGCUUCUGGGCAAUCAAGAUCAGGAAGUUUGCUUCAGUCCUCUGUUUGCCAGCCCGACUGGUUCCAGUGUAGACUGUUGUUACAAGUUUCUGGCCCUGAACACUGAGAUACCCCUGGCUGGAAGUCACCACAGAUAUCAACGGUUCUCCCAACUUCACACUGACUUUGACGUGAAUCCCAAGUCCUGGUGCUGUAGCCUGUCUGAAGAUGAAGACUUCUGUAACCUGUACUAUGAAAAGAGGCAUCCAAACAGCUGUUCUUUCUACAGGCCACCACGUCUAGCCAUAACGUGGGGAGAUCCUCACAUGAAGACACUAGACGGUCUCGCCUACACGUUUAACGGGUUAGGAGAGUUCACCCUUGUCAAGACGAGUGGGGCCAGUGUUGAGUUCAGGCUGCAGGGGCGCACGGAGAAAGCCAUCGCCAACGGUACCCAGGGAGUGGCUGAGGCUACAGUCUUCACGGCAUUCGCAUCAAAGCAAGAUGGCUCCUCGACGGUUGAAAUGGGCAUGAACAAAGACCGGACAAAUAUGACACUAAUGGUGGAUAAACGGCCCAUCAUCAUCACUGACCUACAGCAGAACGGUGUGCAGCGUUUUGCCAAUCUGACUCUUCAGUACAAUUUUAACUCGAACCAGACCAGUGUGGUCGCCUCCUUCUCUUCGGGAAUAACAGUGACCGUCACGCUCCAGAAACUCAUGCUGAAUGUACAGUUCGGAGCGCCGGAUUCUUUCGAGAACACUACCCGAGGCAUGCUGGGUGUUUGGAACGACAACAUUUUGGACGACUUCACCUAUCCUAACGGCACGGUACUGCAGGCACCAGAGGACAGAAAUCUAACAGAGGAAGAAAUCUUCCCAUGGGGAUUAUCAUGGCAAAUCAGACAAGACGAAAGUCUAUUCACCUACGAGGAUGGACAAAACGCAACUUCCUUUGCCAAGCCAGAUUUCAGGCCAACGUUUCUCAACCAACUACUAGCAGCUGUCUCCGCCGGAAGACGAAGCGAGGCUGAUGUUCUGUGUGGCACAAAUGUAGAAUGUCUCUUUGACUUUCUCAGCACAAACGACGCAGAAGUGGGAGAACAAACCAGAUCAAGUAUUGUGACUUUCGAUUCAGACGCAGAGACACUGGUUAACGGUAUCCUUAGGUGGACUCCCAGAAGCCUACUACCAGUGCAACUAGAGAUUAUUGCCCAAGACAACAAAGGGGCCUCUUCGUCGACCUACCCCAUGGUGAAACUCUGCAAUUGUCAACACGGUGGAAUCUGUAACUUUGUCACUGUGGACUUCACUGGAGAGAUCAACCCUGUGGGACAGUUCCAGGUUGUUUCCUGUUCGUGUCCUGAAGCCUGGACAGGAGAGUUCUGUGAGACUGAUAAGAAUGAAUGUGAGGAGGACCCGUGUUAUCCAGGAGCGGCGUGUACAGAUAUGGUAGCACCUAAACAUGGCUUCGAAUGCGGACCAUGCCCCAAUGGUCUGGAUGGGACUGGGGAGAAGUGUUAUGAUAUAAACGAGUGCGACAUUAGCACAGCUGAUUGUGCAGUUGAUGCAACAUGCACCAACACAGAUGGCAGCUUUACCUGUACCUGUACUACCGGAUAUACUGGCAAUGGGACCUACUGCGCAGAUGUUGAUGAAUGUACGACUAGUGCCUCCUGUGAUCGCAAUGCAGUAUGUAACAACACUGUUGGAUCCUACACAUGCACAUGUAAGGCUGGCUAUGAAGGCAGUGGACGCAGAUGUGAGGACAAAGACGAGUGUGUUGAUCCGGACAUUUGCCACACAAAUGCAAGAUGUACCAACUCCAUCGGCUCCUACAGCUGCAGCUGCAACUCUGGUUACCGCCGCAAGGGGGCAGUGUGCACCAACGUGGAUGAGUGUGAAGAGCUGCUGGACAACUGUAGCCCGGGGCAGGGGAUCUGUACAGAUAACCCUGGGUCCUAUAGCUGUGCGUGUAGGGGUGGAUAUGAAGGAGACGGGAUCACAUGUCAAGAUGUUGACGAGUGUUCAGAUGCUGCUCUCAACAACUGCACUGAGAACGCGGAUUGCGCCAAUACGGAGGGCUCUUAUAACUGCCUGUGUACAGAUGGGUAUGAAGGGAUAGGUACAGUCAUUUGCACCGAUGUAAACGAGUGUGGAAGUGCUAUAGAUAACUGUGCUCAGGAGGCAACCUGCACAAACUCUCCGGGAUCUUACAAGUGUUCGUGUAACGCGGGAUUUGUCGGGAACGGGAUUCAGUGUGAAGAUAUUGAUGAAUGUGUAAGGGGAGAAGCUGACUGUGACAUCGACACAAAAGCCGUCUGUACCAACCUGAUUGGAGGCUACAACUGUACAUGUUAUAAUGGUUACGAAGGAGACGAUAUUGACGAGUGUGCAGAACAGCUGGAUGACUGUGAACAAGCCUGUACAAACACAGACGGUGGGUUUAACUGCUCGUGCGUCCCAGGAUUCAUUCAAGUCGGGGACUCCUGUGAAGACAUCGACGAAUGUUCAAGUGACACCCUGAAUACCUGCGACCAGCUGUGUAACAACACAAACGGAGGUUACACGUGUGGUUGCGACAGUGGCUACAUGAUUGGUACUGAUGGUCGAGCAUGCACUGAUACUGAUGAGUGUUCAGACAGCAGCCUGAACGAUUGUGAUCCCAAUGCCUUCUGCAACAACAACCAGGGAGGGUAUACCUGUAGCUGCAGACAGGGCUACAUCGGCAAUGGGACAUCCUGUAAAGAUGUGGAUGAAUGUACCGGUGAUUCAGCACACUGCCAUGAACAAGCAGUAUGCACAAACGUCCUGGGCAGCUUUGAAUGUACCUGCAAAGAUGGGUACAACGGCACCGGAACAGUAUGUGAAGACAUUGAUGAAUGUGAAGACGGGAUUAGUCAAUGUGAUGGAAACGCAACUUGCACCAACACUGCUGGCUCCUACACCUGCACAUGUGAUGAUGGGUACAUAGAUGUGGACGAGUGUUUAAGUGGGCAAAAUAACUGCCAUGAACAGGCAUUAUGUCUAAACACGGAGGGCAGCUAUGUAUGCUCCUGCAAUACUGGUUUUACAGGCAUCGGGACGUAUUGUGAAGAUGAAGAUGAAUGUAAAAAAGGCACAAAUACCUGCACAGGAAACUCGGUGUGUACGAACACUGUCGGUUCCUUCACUUGUCCCUGUAAGUCUGGUUACUUUGGGAGUAACUGUGUGGAUGUCCAUGAGUGUGAGGACGGCAUUGACAACUGCCAUGACCACGCAGACUGUACAAACACCCCUGGUUCCUACGGCUGCACUUGUCAUUCUGGUUACUUUGGAGAUGGAACGGUCUGUACAGCAAAACCACGAAAGUUUGUACCAGCCCAAAUAACAAUGAAGAUGGAGUUUCGGACUCAAUACAAUGACAAGACUUCAGCAGACUACGUGGAGUUAUCAUCACAGUUGAAAACAUCACUCUCUGUCAUCUACACCGGAAUUCCUGGGUUCAUCGAGAUUAUCAUUCUUCAAUUAGUCGAGGGUAGUGUAAAGGCCCGAUACGCCGCUGUUUUCGCCGUGGAAGAAUCUCAACCUGACAGCAUCAUCCAGGAUAUGGCUAGGACGAACCUUCAGCAGGCGAACACUAGCGGCAGGUUUGACCCCGCGCUCCAGGUCACCAGUAGUAACAGCCUGCAGCCGAUUGUGCUUACGGAAGAAGAGUUGGAGCAAGUGGUUGGAGGAUUCUGCCAGGAUGUGCAGUGUGGGGAGGGGGGCGUGUGUUCACGGAAUGAGCCGUACCCCGGAGCUGUCAUAGCGGAGUGCCAAUGUCAGGAAAACUACUGCAACACGGGGACCUGUGAGUACAACGUUCAAGAGGGACCGAAAUGCACCUGCCCGGCAGUAGAGGGUUCCUGGUACGGAGGGGAGCGAUGUCAGAUCCGUUUGACCCAAGCGGACGUGAUCGGUAUUGCAGCAGGCUGUUUGUGUGCGUUGCUGGUGGUCGCCCUGCUGGUGGCUGUCUGUAUGGCCAAGAGGUCCAGACAUUCGGCCAAAAAAGAAAUGAGGUACAGGAUUACCUCACCUCCCGUCACCCUACCCAACUACCACACCGCCUCAGAGUCGUGGCAACCGUUUCGUGGCCUUCCGGUCACUGACCUGAGUGAAGACCAGGACGACUACCUUUCACCUGUGGUAAAUGAACAUUUCAUAAAUCAAAGAGCUCCGUGA